UGGAGGCAGCUAGCGCGAGGCUGGGGAGCGCUGAGCCGCGCGUCGUGCCCUGCGCUGCCCAGACUAGCGAACAAUACAGUCAGGAUGGCUAAAGGUGAUCCCAAGAAACCAAAGGGCAAGAUGUCUGCUUAUGCCUUCUUUGUGCAGACGUGCAGAGAGGAACAUAAGAAGAAAAACCCAGAGGUCCCUGUCAAUUUUGCAGAAUUUUCCAAGAAGUGCUCUGAGAGGUGGAAGACUAUGUCUGGGAAAGAGAAGUCUAAAUUUGAUGAGAUGGCAAAGGCAGAUAAAGUACGCUAUGAUCGGGAAAUGAAGGAUUAUGGACCAGCUAAGGGAGGCAAGAAGAAGAAGGACCCUAAUGCCCCCAAAAGGCCACCGUCUGGAUUCUUCCUGUUCUGUUCAGAAUUCCGCCCCAAGAUCAAAUCGACAAACCCUGGCAUCUCUAUUGGAGACGUGGCAAAGAAGCUGGGUGAGAUGUGGAAUAACUUAAGUGACAGUGAAAAGCAGCCUUACAACAAUAAGGCGGCGAAGCUGAAGGAGAAGUACGAGAAGGAUGUGGCCGACUAUAAGUCUAAAGGAAAAUUUGAUGGUGCAAAGGGUCCUGCUAAAGUUGCCCGGAAAAAGGUGGAAGAGGAAGAUGAAGAAGACGAGGAGGAAGAGGAGGAGGAGGAGGAGGAGGAAGAGGAUGAAUAAAAAAAACUGUUUAUCUGUCUCCUUGUGAAUACCUUAGAGUAGGGGAGCGCCGUAAUUGACACAUCUCUUAUUGGAGAGGUGUCUGUUGCCCUCAUUAGGUUUAAUUACACAAUUGGAUCAUGAUCAUAUCGUAGUCUCUCAAAGUGCUCUAGAAAUUGUCAGUGGUUUACAUGAAGUGGCCAUGGGUGUCCGGAGCACCCUGAAACUGUAUCAAAGUUGUACAUAUUUCCAAACAUUUUUAAACUGAAAAGGCUCUCGUGUUCUCCUCACUCUGUGCACUUUGCUGUUGGUGUGACAAGGCAUUUAAAGAUGUUUCUGGCAUUUUCUUUUUUUUAAUUUGUAAGGUGGUGUUAACUAUGGUUAUUGGCUAGAAAUCCUGAGUUAUCGACUGUACAUAUCUAUAGUGUGUAAAAAGAACAAAACAACCGAGACAAACUCUUGAUGCUCCUUGCUUGGCGUUGAGGCUGUGGGGAAGAUGCCUUUUGGAGGGGCCGUAGCUCAGGGCGUGCACUGUGAGGCUGGACCUGUGGACACUGCAGUGGGCAUCCAUUUAGCUUCAGGUUGUCUUGUUUUUGUAUAUAGUGACAUAGCAUUCUGCUGCCAUUCUUAGCUGUGGAGAAGGGGGGUCAGCUGGCAUGAGAAGUGUUUGGAUCUUUUUUAGUUAAGUGCGGUAGUUUUAAACUGUUUGUUUUUAAACAAACCGUAGAACUCUUCAUUGUCAGCAAAGCAAAGAGCCACUGCAUCAAUGAAAGUUCAAGAACCUUCUGUACUAAAUACAAUUUGCAACGUUCUGUUAUUUUUUUGUAUGUUUAGAAUGCUGAAAUGUUUUUGAAGUUAAAUAAACAGUAUUACAUUUUUAAAACUGUUCUCUAUUAUAACAGUCUAAAUUUCUGACUCACAGCAGUCUUAGCAGUGAAACAACCCACUCCAUUGUAUUUGGCGACUAACUUCCCUGUAAAUCUGGUGACGUCUCUUGUUCUUGGUGUGGCCCGCUUCCUUAGGUCGGAGGUGAAGUGGGCUCCUUGAAGCUGCUGCGUGAUUCUGUUUGUCCGAGCGGCAUCAAGAUGAAGUCUGGACUGUUGAAUGUAGGAGCUAAGGUAACUCGACACAGGCAAGGGUUAGCAGCCUUCAGAGAUACAGGUCGGUGGUGGUUGCAAUUGAGGCUGAUGACUACGUUGGUUUAAUUGGUUUUUUUUUUGCCUCACCCCACCCCCCACACUGUGGGGCCAAAUUUGUCACUAAACAGCCAAAAUGUCCUCCGAGGGUAUGGUUUGUCAAAUAUUCAGGCUUUAUUUUUCCUCUUACACCCCCCCCCCCCACCCCCGUCAGUACAUGGAACAGAACAUUAUUUUUUCUGCUCAACAAUUGAUGUCUUGAGUUGCUGCUUCUGUCUUCUGGACCCCAGUGAAGGGGGGUGGGGUAGGAAGCGGUAUCUGUUUUUUUUCUCUACUUCAAGAAACCGAGCACCCCGAGGAAGAUUGCUGGGGCUCCUAUCAUAGGCUCCAUCUUGGGGCCCCCAGCUGCAGGCUAGGCUGAUGGAAUCAAUUUGUUCCUAAGUGGUAAAUGCAUCAUAUGAAAAGUAGAAUGGCCUACCCACAAUUUGAGUUCAUUCAUUGGAAACAUAGAUUGUUGUUAAAUGUUCUUAAACUGGAAGAAGCUUGGUUUGUGUUUCAGUGGUUUUUUUUCCAUGUUGGUAGAUAGUGUUAAAUUUUGUCCAAGUUGGGGUGAGGGGUGGUGGCCGCAGUGGCAAAUGGGGAUAUUAAAUAUCAUUUCGAGGGCUGGUGUGAACAUACAUCUUAACUGUUGGCAGUUAUGAAGGGGACUUUGUUGGGGGUGAGUGUUGGUCUUGCCUAGCAUUAAUACUCAAAUAUGUGUGUUUGAGGCCGUGAAGCACUCGGGAGUGUUUUAAUGACGUUACUCAGGAGAAAGCAGCUUUUUCUUAAAAUUCCCUACUUGGAACCUUGCAUGUCUGCAGGUGGUGUCCUCCCCACCCUGUCAGGUCUUGGAUAAGUAUUGGUCAUGGUCGUUGGCCUGAUCUCUAAUCUGUACUCAUAGCCAUUUCUUCUUAUAGUAGCACUGUUUGUCCUAAAUGUGUUUUUCUAGAAAAUGACCACUAGUUUAAAAACCCUCGAUUCUGAGGUUUGCCCAGAGGCACUUGUUCUGGGAUUGCCCCUCCCGCUUCAGCCGUGCCCUCAUCACUUUCCUGCAGCGAUUGCUUGGAAUGGUAGGCUAAACCUGCUGCUGCCCCCCACACAGUGUCCCAGGCUAAGAUUUGGGAGCUGUGGCCAACCUCGUCAAAUAGGGAAGAGAAGCUCAACUUGUAAGCACAAAGGAGAGACUUCUUACUAAGCGGUGCCCCUCUAGCUGGUUGUAACUGACAUGCCAACUAUGGAAGGGCGCAGACUGGAAGAGGGUGCCUUUCUUUUGUGCUCACGCUCUGGUUAAACAAAAGUGGUCUUUGCUGAAGCAGGCAUUUCGUUCUGAAGAGACUCAAGGCCACUUGGCCCAUUAGCUGCUUGCGGAAAGACUACUACUUUACGGUUUUCACCCCAUCACAAGAUUGCUCCUUAAAGGAAUGAUGCUCUGUAGCUUCUCUGAGAUGCUACAAGCGGCGUGGUGUCACCACCGAAGACUUUGGCUUAGCUUGAUUUCUGGACCCACAGUAUGUGUUCUUGCAAUGCCAACCUGUGAACUUUUUUUUUUAAUCAAAAAGAGCACUGCUUUCUCUAACCGCUUCUCUCUCUACCAAGCCCUUAAUCCCAUUCUUGAAUGAUGUUUUAUCCUUUGGAAAGAACAAGGCUGUGAUGUAGGAACUAUUGUCUGUGUCUCCUGUAUGUCUGUUCUUGUCACAAAUGUAUUUGGGGACGUUGGAUGCAUUCAUUUUCUGUAAUAAAGUUUCUUAAUCAGUCUUCCCAUAAAGUAA